GCGUGGGAUUGCACAGUAAUAGCAGCUGUACUUGCUUCAUUUCCAAAUUGACAUUUUAGAGCUGGAAAAGGUGUGAAAAAGACUACUAAAACAAGCAGAAGCUGGAUCAUCUUCCCUGUGAAGAAAAGUGUGAGGCUACUGAACAGAGGGGGAAUUGCUUUCAAAUGAAAUGCAUCGAAUUAUAUUUCCAGGCUUUCAGCCAGAGUGCCUGAAGAUUUGAGGCAAUGGGAGUAACUAGUCUGUGGCAGAUCCUGGAACCUGUAAAGCAGCAUGUGCCCCUCAGCAGUCUUAGAGGAAAGACGCUGGCUGUUGAUUUAAGCCUCUGGGUGUGUGAAGCGCAGACAGUUAAAAAGAUGAUGGGAGUAGUCAGAAAGCCGCAUCUUCGGAAUCUGUACUUCCGGGUAUCUUCUUCAAUGAUGAUGGGGAUCCAUCUGGUGUUUGUCAUGGAGGGAGAGCCCCCAAAGCUAAAAGCAAACACCAUGGAGAAGAGAACAGAAGUUCGCUUUGGGCCAUCCAAGAAGUCUGGGACAGCUAAAACAGGGAGAUCCCGCUUUAAAUCUCUGUUGAAAGAGUGCCUGGAAAUGCUGGAGUGCUUAGGAGUCCCCUGGGUUCAAGCAGCUGGCGAAGCAGAGGCCAUGUGCGCAUACCUGAAUGCGAAUGGCGUCGUGGACGGCUGCAUCACCAACGAUGGGGAUGCCUUCCUUUACGGCGCUCGGACAGUUUACCGGAAUUUUACCAUGAAUGUGAAGGACCCACAUGUUGACUGCUAUUUGAUAUCUGCUAUUGAGGAGAAACUGGGCUGCAGGAGGGAAUCUUUGAUUGGAUUAGCCAUUCUUCUGGGUUGUGAUUAUCUUCCGAAGGGAGUUCCUGGAGUUGGAAAAGAACAGGCUUUAAAGUUGAUCAGGACUUUGAGAGGACAGAGUUUAUUAAAAAGAUUUGAGCAGUGGAAAGACCAUGCCCAAAACAGGGAUAUUGCAGCCUCAGCAGCCAAAAAGGUGACCCACUGUGCUGUGUGCCGUCAUCCAGGAUCGUAUAGUGAUCAUGAGUACACUGGAUGUCACCUCUGUGGUACUGUGGCUUACUGUGAACCCCAUGAUGCUGAAUAUUGUUGUCCUUGUGACUCACAUUCUUCUGAGCAAGAUCAGCCAACUAAUCCAGUAGAGGAUGGAAUUAGAAAAAAAGCUAAAGCAUGUGAAGGCUUUCCAUUUCCUGAGGUGAUCCAGGAGUAUCUGAUCAGCAAAGAUAAACCAGUGAAGAUAACUGGAUACCAAAGGCCAGAUUUGCUGUCUUUUCAGAGAUUUGCCCUUGAGAAAAUGGACUGGACCAGACAUUAUGCUUGUGAGAAAUUAUGUGCCCUUCUGACAAACCAUGACAUGAACAGAAGGAAGGCUGGUCACACUGACCCACAGCAGCUGCAGGCAUUACGGAUAGUCAAGACACGGGUUAAAAACGGAAUCCCUUGUUUUGAAAUUGAGUGGCAAAAGCCAGACCACUAUGCUGAAGCAGAUGAUCAAACCGCAGAACCCUUUUUAAUAACAAUAGAAGAGUCCGCGUUAUUUCAGGCUGCGUAUCCAGAAGUUGUUUCCCUUUAUCAAAUGGAGAAAUUGAAAAUUGGCAAGGAAAAACGGAAAGGAAAGAAGAAUAAAAGAAGCCGAGAGAGAGAAAGUUUAGCUGGGGAUGAUGAUGUUGCUGAUCUCCUUACACAGCUGAACUUGGAAUCUCCACCUGAAACCUUUUCCAGCAGAGAUUCUAAGUCUGAUUUUAAAAAAAGUUCUGAUUUUCAUAUAUUUCCAGAAAAAGACUCUAAAGCUCACAGUGCAUCUGUAGCAGCAGAUCGUUCUGCUGCAGUCAGGCAGAGUCAAAACCUACUCCCCUCCUCACUGAUCAUUUCACAAAACACAGAGAACGUUUGCAGUCUUGGUGGUUCUCAGAGUUCACAAGGAAAAUUUACUGAGCAAGCCGCUGCCUCUUAUGCAUCUUCUGCUGUUUCUGAUCUACAGCUGAGUAGCCUUGACUGGGAAGGAACAUCCUUUAGCAUUUCUCCAAUGCAUGUUAAGGUUGCUUGUUCAGAAUCUGAGUUUGGUGCAUUGCAACUUUCUCCACCACACUGUAAAACAGCCACAAUCAUUACACCGUAUUCAGCUUGUCUACCAUAUAAUCCAGAUCUACUCAGCAGUGUGGACUGCUCUGUUUCAGACAGUGACCUUCCUAGAGGACAAGCUUACCUACCUUUAAAAGAUGUAAUUCAAGAACCUUCUGCUUUAAGAGCUUUUUCCAAGGUUACAGACAUGUCCCCAUUUGGCACUUUGCAGAAGGUGGAUCAAAUAAAGGGAACUUCUGGCCCUGAAGGGUCCUUAUCAUCAUCUUCAACUCAGCUAAAAGACAACGCUAAGGAAAUUGUGUUGUUAUCAGAAAAAUAUCCAAGGGGACCCAGUUUAGAAGUUUAUCAAAGGGUGCUCAAAGACUCUGAAAAACCAUUCUGGGAAACUACGAAACCCUCUUCAGGUCUGGACUUUGCAACACUAGAACACACCUGCUUGGAAAGUAAUCCACAGGCGUCUCCCAAAUUGACAAAAGUCCUAGUUAAUUGUCGGAUUAGAAAAAAGUGUGCACCCACAGUUCUGAAAAGCCCCAUUAAGAAGAGUGUAUGCCAAAAUGGUUAUCCUAGUGAAGACAGUGAUGAUGAGACUGUGGGUGACAGGAGAAGGGAAUGCCGAGUGCCUGGGUUGCAAAGGAAGCAGCACCCAGCUCAGCAGAAGACCAAGUCCCAUCACAGAGACAACAAUGCUGAAGCAGGACUCCGAAUCCUUCUGUGGGGGAAAGAACCUCGUCUUGGCACUGAGUUGCCAGCGGAAAAGCAGUCUAGUGUACACAUCCACAAUUCUCCAAGAGCCCAAAAAAGCACACUUGAAGGAUCCAGUUCUCAUCUGCAAGAAAGUGGAAGCAAUUCUGACAUGUGUGCUGAUAGUCCCUUGCCUCUGUCUGAAAGGCUGAAACUAAGACUGCAGAGCAAUUAAGCUCUCCUUUCCAUUUCAUUAUGACGGGUGUGUCUUAAAUUACCCACUGUUCCUCCAGAAUUUUAAUAGGCUCCAUGGGUAAAUGCUCAAACAAUGGUUUUAAUGGAGUGGGCAGAGAGCAGUCUUAAUUAGUGGGAAAGUGGCAAGAGAUCCUGAAUGGGCAGUAAUAAAGUUUGACGUGAAAGACUGGCUCCAGGCAGCCGUCCUGACUUUAUAGGAACUUCCUGAAGCACCAUCUGCUGACAUGACUAUGUACAGUGGUGAUGGGGCAUUCAUAAGAACAUUCCAUUUCUGUAAGAAGCAAACACUUUUGUCACUGUGAAGCCACUGGCAUGAUGAUGGGCAAUCAAUAAUGAUCAAUUUUGUCCAUGUCCACUGAACAGGUAGCGGCUGGUUUCUGUGUAUUGGGAUGAUAGUGGCAUUGGUGCCAAAUAUUUCACAUUUACAGGUUUUCUUUAGCACAUGCUCUUGUGUUACUUGACUGUUUUAGAACUUUUCAUCCACCAGUUUGAUGAACACUCUAGAAUAGGAGCUCUGGGGGGAAUUUUCCCACAAAUCCACAUGGGUGCUAGAGACAUCACCUAUGAGAAAAGGUCUGUAGGGGCUGCAGAGCACAAAAGGGCUCAAACUUGGCUUGUGAGUUAAUUUUUGACUUUUUGCUCUCUGUAACCACCAGGGACACAACUUAGUUAUCCUGAAACCUGUGUAGCGUAGGGAUAUGAAAAUGGCCUCCUGCUCUUAGGGCUUGAUCCAAGACUACACACACAUCAGUGGCAGAACAGACUGUUUGACUUAGGCUACAGGUAGGAGAUGCUACUUCUGAAAAGUGCUCUAACCGAUUAGAAAAAAAUGUAGUUUAGCCCUGUGCCUACUGUCCAGGUUUUCUAUUUCCAGUGAGUUCUGAAUAAAGGAAAUAUUCAAAAAUGUGGUCCUCUACUUGAAUUCUGAAGUGGAACAAUAUACCUUAUUAGCUCUUUCUUCUGCAUUAGUAGACCAGGCCUAUAGGCAAGAACGUAUACAGCGACACAGAUGUUAGCAUCUUGGUUUCCACCCUGCUUGUCCUGUCAUCAUGUGAUACAAAGCAAACCACCCCUUCCGUCUUUGCAGUUCCCCUUCCCCACAUGCAGUGAAAUUCAGCUGCAAUCAGUGACAUAAAACUAUUAGGUUCUGAACAUGAUGCAGUUAAGAUGAAUUUACUGCUGUCUAGUUCCUAUCUAGUUGGAAACUGUAUGGACACUUUAUUCCAAUUCUAGGAAGUUAAGUACAUCAGGAUGAACUGAAUGUAUUAGUGUGACA